AACAAAGCUCGUUCGUUGUUUCCGUUUAUCGUGGUCGCAUCCAUCCAGCUACGUUGGUCAUUCCUUUUAUUGGUUUUUGUGAGUGAUGGUGGAAAAUCAACGCUAUGGACAACAUCGAUUAAUGGCUGAUUGUAAUGUGAAAGAAAUUAUAUUGUUGUCGUUUUAAGUACUGUGAACUAAUUGAACUAUGAUAACGAAAAUGCAACCUCAAGCAAAUGUUGCCGUGCCACAAUCUGUCACAACGCAGCCUCAACAAAUUGUUGGUGUUCCAGCAAAUGCCGUAAUCUUAAAAAUGUCUGAUAUCCAGCAGAUAUCGACAGUAGGCCUUCUAGAACUUGCUCACCGGGAAUAUCAGGCAGGUGACUAUGAAAGUGCAGAAUUGCAUUGUAUGCAGCUGUGGCGGCAGGACGGUACAAACACAGGAGUUCUCCUCUUAUUGUCUUCCAUCCAUUUUCAAUGUCGGCGACUUGAUAAAUCUGCACAUUUCUCUACCUUGGCGAUUAAACAGAACCCUUUGUUGGCUGAAGCAUAUAGUAAUCUCGGCAAUGUGUAUAAGGAGCGUGGACAGUUACAAGAGGCUUUGGAAAACUACAGGCAUGCCGUGAGACUAAAGCCGGACUUUAUUGAUGGUUAUAUUAACCUGGCUGCUGCACUUGUGGCAGCAGGUGAUAUGGAACAGGCUGUUCAAGCAUACGUCACAGCUUUACAAUAUAAUCCAGAUCUAUACUGCGUCAGAAGCGACCUGGGCAAUUUGCUCAAGGCCUUAGGGCGUCUGGACGAGGCAAAGGCUUGUUACUUGAAGGCAAUCGAAACAAGGCCAGAUUUUGCUGUGGCAUGGAGCAACUUGGGAUGCGUGUUCAAUGCGCAGAGUGAAAUUUGGCUAGCCAUACAUCAUUUUGAAAAGGCAGUGGCCUUGGAUCCCAAUUUCUUGGAUGCUUACAUCAACUUGGGCAAUGUUCUCAAAGAGGCGAGAAUUUUUGACAGGGCUGUAGCAGCAUAUCUUCGUGCACUUAAUCUGUCUCCUAAUAAUGCAGUAGUGCACGGGAAUCUUGCGUGCGUAUAUUAUGAACAAGGCCUUAUUGACUUAGCGAUUGAUACAUAUAGAAGGGCAAUAGAACUACAACCGAACUUCCCUGAUGCUUAUUGUAAUUUAGCGAAUGCUUUGAAAGAAAAGGGUCAGGUAGCCGAUGCGGAAGAAUGUUACAAUACUGCAUUACGCCUGUGUCCAUCUCAUGCCGAUUCAUUAAACAAUCUAGCUAAUAUAAAAAGGGAACAAGGUUUCAUUGAAGAGGCUACGCGUUUAUACCUAAAGGCAUUGGAAGUUUUCCCCGAAUUUGCUGCCGCUCAUAGCAAUUUAGCCUCAGUUUUGCAACAGCAAGGAAAACUAAAUGAAGCGCUUAUGCAUUAUAAAGAAGCUAUUCGUAUUCAACCUACUUUUGCGGACGCUUAUAGUAAUAUGGGGAAUACGCUUAAAGAAAUGCAAGAUGUAGCUGGGGCAUUGCAAUGUUACACGAGAGCGAUUCAGAUUAAUCCAGCAUUCGCCGAUGCCCACAGCAAUCUGGCCAGUAUUCAUAAGGAUUCGGGUAACAUACCAGAAGCUAUUCAAUCGUACAGGACAGCUCUAAAACUUAAGCCAGACUUCCCCGACGCAUAUUGUAAUUUGGCGCAUUGCUUGCAAAUUGUCUGUGACUGGACUGAUUAUGAAGCUCGUAUGAAGAAAUUAGUUAGCAUUGUUGCAGAACAAUUGGAGAAAAAUAGAUUACCUUCAGUCCAUCCACACCAUUCGAUGCUCUAUCCGUUGACACACGAUUUCAGAAAAGCGAUAGCAGCGCGUCAUGCUAAUUUAUGUCUAGAGAAAAUUCAGGUGCUUCAUAAGCCCCCCUACAAAUUCCCACGUGAUUUGCAAGGUCGUUUGCGAAUCGGCUACGUCAGCAGCGACUUUGGUAAUCACCCCACUUCCCAUUUGAUGCAAUCUGUGCCUGGGCUCCAUGAUAGGUCCAAAGUGGAAAUAUUCUGUUACGCAUUAAGCGCCGAUGAUGGUACGACGUUCCGUUCGAAAAUAGCAAGAGAGUCUGAGAAUUUCGUUGACUUGUCACAGAUGUCGUGUAAUGGCAAAGCUGCAGACAAAAUAUAUGCUGACGGUAUUCAUAUUCUUGUCAAUAUGAAUGGAUACACUAAAGGAGCUAGGAACGAGAUAUUCGCAUUGAGACCCGCUCCUAUUCAGGUAAUGUGGCUGGGUUAUCCGGGGACCAGUGGAGCGAGUUACAUGGACUAUUUAGUGACGGACGCAGUGACGUCUCCAUUAGAGUUAGCCAGCCAGUAUAGCGAGAAACUCGCGUACAUGCCACACACAUACUUUGUUGGUGAUCAUAAACAAAUGUUCCCUCAUUUACAAGAACGGCUUAUACUCAGCGACAAAGUUAAGGGACACAAUAAUUUGGGCGGCGUUGCCGACAAUGUGGCGGUGAUCAAUGCCACCGAUCUCUCCCCGUUAGUAGAAAACACAGAUGUUAAAGAAAUAAAAGAGAUCGUCCGCGCCGCCAGACCUGUAGAAAUCUCAUUGAAAGUUGCAGAGUUACCUACUACUACUCCAAUUGAAACUAUGAUUGCUUCAGGGCAAGUUCAGACUUCUGUGAAUGGAGUUAUCUUACAAAACGGAUUGGCCACUACUCAGACUAACAAUAAAGCAGCCACCGGUGAAGAAGUGCCUCAGUCUAUAGUGAUAACUACGCGACAACAAUAUGGCUUACCUGACGACGCCGUUGUCUAUUGUAACUUCAACCAGUUAUAUAAAAUAGACCCGCUGACAUUACAUAUGUGGGUCUACAUUUUGAAGCAUGUGCCAAAUAGUGUAUUGUGGCUCUUAAGAUUUCCUGCUGUUGGAGAGCCAAAUCUACAAGCGACUGCACAGCAGCUUGGACUACCUCCAGGACGUAUCAUAUUCUCAAAUGUAGCUGCUAAAGAAGAACAUGUACGACGCGGACAAUUAGCAGACGUAUGUCUCGACACACCAUUAUGUAACGGACACACGACUAGUAUGGACAUCUUGUGGACUGGAACACCUGUAGUCACUUUACCCGGCGAGACUUUGGCUUCGAGAGUGGCCGCUUCUCAAUUGAAUACACUUGGAUGCCCUGAACUGAUUGCUAGAACACGACAGGAAUACCAAGACAUAGCUGUAAGAUUAGGAACAGAUAGGGAAUAUCUCAAAGCAAUAAGGGCGAAAGUAUGGACGGCGCGUACUGAGAGUCCUCUCUUCGAUUGCAAAGCGUACGCCACCGGCCUCGAAAUGUUAUACAACAAAAUGUGGCAGAGGCACGCCCGAGGCAAUCCUCCUGAUCACGUACAGGCGAUAGAUAAGUAGAGUAUAAACUCUAUGGACGGUGAAGGGACAUCUAAGAAACGCCGUUGGUGCUAGACCUAGUGAAAAGUGAUAUGAAUAUUGCAGAGUGAUUCUGUAAAAAUCCUGGAUGAAUUCACUCGUGUGUCGGAAUUCACUUCAUUUAGUGUAGAAAUUCUAUUGAUUCCAUUUUUUUUAUAAAAUAUAUAAUAAUGAUUGAUCUAUCCAUGUGUCUCGGAUGUUCUAUUUCUCUAAUAUCUCACUUCACUUAUGAAACUUAUUACUAAUACAAGGUAGAGCGGAUUUUGAAGUGAAUUUGGACAUCGAAAGGACUUUGAAUUCGGGUUUUAAUGUUUACAGAAUCACAGGACUGUAUAUUUACUGUUUCUCAGAGCUCAAUCGACCUUGAAAUUAGAGGUAGCUGUAGUGUGGAUAUUGCCAUCGCCAUUUGUUUUUACUAUUACAUAAGCAAUAGUUUCCGCGUUGGCAUUAUUAGCUUAAUUACGUAAGUUAAUGUAUUGAUAAGCUUUUGAGAAAUGGUACAAAAUUAUUACGACAAUCACAGUGUACGUGUACCAGUGAACAAAUAUGAUGAUUCUCAUUGAAUAUAAGUGAAAUGUGCAGUUU